CAGCACAGCACAUCUGAAGGGGUAUACUUUUACAAGACAGUGUAUUGCUAACAGUUGGUUUUAAUCUGAAUGUUUUGGCACUGUAUCUGAACACCUAAAAACGAAACAACCAACAAUCUUAAGGAAAAAUGGUUAAUGUUAGAGUAACACAAAAUAACAUUUUAAAUCUAUGAUGUUUUUGUCACAUUUUACCAGAUUCAUUGUCUGUGUUUCACACUUUGUGCCCACAACCAGCAUCUAUUUCUGUGGUCUCAGUUAUAUGUGACUGUCUUCAGGAAUGAGUCGGACUAUAUUACACCCUGGUACCUCCCCCAGGAGCUGUGCUAAAGUAACAGCUGAUGUCAGUCCUGCUUAAAGACAUACACACACAGUCCCUGGUGGCUACACCCACACUAUAACCUGUCCAACAGUAUCGUCAAAGGCAGAGCAGAGAGAGGAACAGGUCUCCUGCACUUUCCUUCCCCCUCCCCCUGAGAGCAUCAGGGACCUGGCAAAAGAAAGCCCCACACAAACCACAAUCCCAGCCUUUAAUCCCAGUUUUACCGCAGAGAGAAAAGGGGAGGGUUGUCCACUGUUCUUUGCAACCCCAUGUGCCUGCUUGGAUCAUGGAGCUGCCCUGUCUUCCAACUAAGACCCCCACCUCAGCCAGCUCCCGCUCCACGGAUCCACUGUACGACAACUGCCCACCUUUUGGCCAGCGAGACAGGGCCAGGGAGAAGGAAAUGGAGAGCAGAGUUGUGUGUCCUUUAGUAACCAGACUCCCAGGGCCCAGCAGUCCUCUGCCUGGUUUGGUCCCAGCUCUGGCUGAUGUUCAGACAGUGGUUGCUGGAGGAAGAGAGCCUGGCUCCUGGCCGGAUCCCAGCUGUACAGGCAGCUUGGGAGGACAGUCCUGGAAAUCAGAGCUUAGUUCCUGCAAAAACAAAGGAGGAGCCGAACAGGGAGUUAACUGGGAAGCAGGGGAUGGGGCUUAUUGGAGCCAAAGCCCCUGCCCGUCACACAGUGAAGAGCAUUGCAGUGCUCUGUCGCUAUAUGAUAACCUUACCGAUUCAGGAAUACCUGACAGCUUCGAGGAGAUCUUCAACAUGGAGAUGAACCGGCAGGAACACUUUGACGAGCACACAUACACUCCAUGGGCCCCUGAACAUAUCCAAGGACUGAUGCAGGAUGAUUGUUUGAGUAAAGAGAAGAACGUCUGGCCUGCUUGUGAAAUCCCCCUUACUGAGGGUUGUUCUGGUAAGCAGGACCAGAAUCCAGACCAAGACAAGAAGCAGGAGCCAGAGCUGGACUUAGGAUCCUGUGUUCAAGAGGAACUUAUGCUGUCACUUCCAAAACAACGCCAUACAGAAAGUUCUCCUCAACCAUGCCACACAAAGUGUCAGGAUCUGUGGCCCUUUGCUGAAACCCAGCACUUAAAGGAGGCACCGUUGUCACUGAGGGUGCCCCCUCCUGUUCCCCUGGCUGACCCGUCUGCAAGUGCUCUUCGAAGCAUCCUAACAGGCCUCCAGCAGCAGAUAAUCAAGCAGAAAGAGGAGUACGAGGAACGAAUAAUCAGCCUAGAGCAGAGAAACGAAGAGCUACAGGUGGAGGUUGUUCGCCUGAAGACGAAUCUCUUGCAGCAGCGCCACUGGUACCAGGUGGUCCAGGCUAAGAUCGUGGAGUCAGAGAGGGCCCGAGCUGCUGCAGAGCUUCGUAACGCAACACUGCAACGGGAGAUGGAUCAGUUCUUCGACACCUUCGGAGAGCUUAACAACGAGGUGAAGAAGACAGAAUACAUCGUCAAGAGUUUUUGAAGAAAGUUAAAUGCAUCGUGUUUGAUGACAUGAACAGUCUGCACAUACUGAAGAUGAGCCUGUCUUAAAUUCUAGCUUUUAUGACAGCGUGAACCAAAGUAAAACAUUUCUUCCCUGUAACAGAUGUGUCUCAAUAAAUUAAUAUAUGAUCCAAAACCUCA